CUUUUGACCAGAGCCAGACCCUAUGGGCCCUGUUCAAAAGUUGUGCACUAUAAAGGGAAGAGAAUGCCUUUUGGAACGCAGUGACUGCUUUCCAUUGUUGCGUCCUCUUCUCCCAGUUAUUGUACCCAGGUCAGUCACACCAGCUUGCUCUUCUUACUUAGACACCAGCAAUGCCGCAAGUGACAUCACUCAUGGUGUUGUGGCUGACAUUAAUGCUACUGAGGAAUUCCCUGCCAGGGGCCUUAGCCCGGCUGAUGUAAAGGCUGACGGCAUGGCCCGCCUUCCCUCUGCCAGAGGGGAAAAGACUAAGAAGAACAGGAAGUGGCGCUUCCUACCCAAAAUUGGCAAGAUUCCAAAGAUCAGGAUGAAGCUGUUCAAGACAAAAGGGGAACCGAAGAGCCACCCUGAACAGGAUGCGCUGCCUACCAAACGUCUCAGAGAGACUCGUAUUUCACAGAAUGCUGAGUGUGAGGUUCCAGAGGUUCCAUCCACUUCCCCACCCAAGGAGGACCUGACAACCACACUGGCCCCUGCUCCCCAGGAGUGCCAGUCCCGUAAACGCCCUCUCUUAGUCAGGGUGUUACGAGCUAUCUCCAGAGCCGUCUCCAAACCAUUCAGAGGAGCUUUUGGGAAGAAGAAUUAGCCAAAUGCCUGAUUUUAUUACUAUUUUAAU